AUUUCCUAUACAUAUAAAUUCAAAGUUUUUCCAACUUUUAGGCACCAGGAAGCUGAGACUCACUUGCCCCAUUUAGUUCAAAUUACAGAUUUUUAUAUUAAAGAUAUAGUCAGAGGAGAAGCCAUUCCUCAUGCCUUUGCUUUAAUCAAGGAAUUUGUAAUUUUAAUCAAAUGUACGGCGGUUCUCAGAGACAUAACUAUUUAUGCUGUCACCACAAAUUGAAUUCGUGCUUUUGUAAGAGGGAUACAACCAUGGAGCGAUUUGGGGAUUCAUCGAUGGAAAUGAAGGAUCAAAAAUGCCAAGCCUUAGCAAAAGUAAACCCUGUACCUGGAAAAGUUACUCCUCGAACAGGUAAAAAGGCGUAUAAAGGGAUUUGUUCUCUUAGUAACUCUUUGACAAGCCAAGGAAGCCAAAGAAAAAAGGUAGAAGAACUGAUGUCUGCCGUUAACUCAAAUUCCUCUGCAUGCUCAACGAUGAAGCUAUAUCCAAAAAUGGUAUCUCAAAGUUUUAGAAGACCUUCAGACCUAAACAAAAAGAACAAAAAAGGUCCCAAGCUGAUACCAGAAUUGGAGACAGAUCAGAGAGCUCUUGUAAAGGCCAAGCCGAAACGUAAAAAAGUAAUAGUUAAAAAGAGUAUUGCAAGGUCAACAGCUGGAAAUGUUGAGCAAUGCCCUGAUGAUGAUGGUAUUUGGUUCGAAUGCAAUGUACCAUUUCGUGUAAAUAUUCCGUUUCCUAUUAGUAUGAAAAAUCUGUUUGGUCCCCAGUCAUAUUCAGGCAAUAGGAAUUUUCAGAUAUUUAAAGCCCUUGUCCCGACCAGAAAGUUUCAAAAAGAUAGAAAAACGGAAUGUCCGUUUCAAUUCACAAUGUGUCCUGCUCUACCUUCACCAGAUCCAGAAUCGGAUACAUCGUGCUCCAAGGCAAUCAAAUUCUCAAAGAAGAAAUGCUGUAGACGAGGGAGAAAGCACUGUCCGUGUGAGAUAUCCACUCAAACUAUUGGAGAAGAAUCCGAUCCUGUUUUAUGCUGCCUGGAACAAAUCAGAAACCAACUAGCUGACAAAUCUGCUGAAAACCAAGAGAAAAGCAUUUAUCGCUGCUUUGCAGAGAAGUCUACAAGUGUUAAAAGUAUUGAGAAGCAUACAAAUAAAACUGAUAUGGAAAAGAUAAAUAACUCUGCUUCAAUAGGCACUCCUCAAGAGCAAAUUGAUAAAAAUGAGAAUCUGCAAAUGUCUAAGCCCGAAAGUAUCCAGAAAAUUUCACCGACGACUUCCUUAAACAUAUUGGCGCAACCAAAACCUGAGGUUGCGAAAAAAGAUAUUCAUAAAAAUUUACCUACAACUCAGACAAAGUCGGACUCUGCACCUUCAACAGCUUCCUUAAAAUCUCCAAAAAAAUCACACAAGAAAAAGAAAACAAUUUCUAAUUUAAGUCGGGAGGUUACAGAUUCAGAGGAGCCAAGGAUUGCUGAGAAAGAAAAGGAUUUAAAUUAUGCUCACGAACCAGUUUCAAAGUCAGCCAUUUGUGUUUGUAGGCUCUCACAUGUUCUUCAUAAAUGUACAAGAAUAGUGAUUCCCUGCUCAGUGUGCCAGUGUCACUGCCUGAACAGAUCUCAUAAGUCGAGGCAAAAUCCUAGGAAACCUCAACAGCAACAACAAGGAAAUGAAAGCCAUAUACAUCCUACAACUACAUUUAAAGAGGACGACGUUGAUAUCAAAUCAAAACCUAUCAAUACUAUCCAAGGAAAUGAGUUGCCAGAAAAUAAUAAUCAGGAUAUCAAUCCUAGUUCAAGCCAUCCUCAACACCCAAUAUUACAUGUCGGUACAGAUGGUAAGAUGACUAGUUUGAAACGCGUACCGGAACAGCCUAAACAAAUAUUGCAAGAUAAUAAAUUAAAAGAAAACAGCUUGCCUAAAGAGGAAUAUCCUCAAUACCACGUCCAUGAUAGACCUUUAAGCAGCGAAAAAAGUAAGCCUCAACCCAAGACUCAACCAAAUAAUCCCAGUGAUGGGGAGAAUUAUCCAGAAUCUUUAACCAACCUUCAAGUCUCAGAAAACUCCUCUCAAAAAGGGCUCUCAAAUAUUAGCAGCAACGAGUCCAUUUCAUCAUCAAAAGAAUCUCAUAGGACUCCUAAAAUUAUAAAUUCAAAUGCUCAUGAGUAUAGUUCGAAAUCAGAUAAAUCCUUAGAAGGUGCUAAAUCAAAGAAACAAAUUUCGCAUAGAAAACCAAGCAGAAAUAAAAAAAAUAAACAAAGAAGUAAUCGUAUGAGUUCCGGCGGCGAAACUGUUCCCGAAGACUCGACUUAUUUUACUCAAACUUGUAAAAAUGAUACAAUAUGUAAGAUAGAAGUAGACUAUGAUAACUGUGAUAAAUGCGGAAGUAAUAUCAGUACAAAUUCAGAGCAAUUAUCUUCUGAGGCAGGAACUUCCCGACAGGAAAGAGAACAUACACACGAAGAACAGAGAGUUGAUAAUCCAUAUCGAAGAAAUAAAACGAACUUUGCAGACAUGAGCAAGAAUUCAAAAAAACUCGAGACUGAGCAGGAAAAGUUGACAGAAUCAUUCAGUGUUGACCAGGGAAUGAAUGACAUUAAGGAAGGUUGGAGUAAUAUCACUAGGAACUCGGAUGAAAUAAGUACCUUAGGAAACUAUUCAAACAACAGAGAGUAUAGAUCUUACUGUGAGAUGCACGAGUAUUCUGAGGGGAUUGUGCCUGAGACCUCAGAAAGCGAGUUUAAACAUCAAUUAAACCAUAUUCCUUAUCAAUGUCGUAAUGAAAAUAGCGAAUUGUAUUACAAGCAGCGCUCACAAUCAGCUCCUGAAUGUUGGAUACUUCAAUGCUCCCACAGGAAUCAGACGCCACAAUACGCAACGUUUAUAUCGAGAAAGGAAAAUUGCAAAGAAUACACCACAUAUCCUGAAAACGUACUUGUGCUUCAGGAUGAAACUUGCGAAAGCGAAUCGAAUGAAUGUGUUCUGGUAAUGGAUGACAAGGAAACUUUAAAUACAGGGUGUUGUCCGUGUAAAACUCCGGAUUAUAGUAUCAAUGCCGACAUUUUAAAGCAGCUCAGGGAGCAAGAACGGCUUCUUAAUCAAGUUCAGGAUAUUACCAUUAUUCCCAGAAACAAUCAGUGUCCAAUUGACUUUGAAAUUUCACCUCAAGAACAAGAAAGAGAUAACACACCCUUAGUGCCCGUUCCUUAUCGUAUAAAUGAGAGGGAGCUUUUUAAUCUUUCCCGACCGAACGAAUGGAGAGAUCAAGGGGGGAACUUUACUAAGCCUAAACCCAAACAAUUUCAAGUGGCACCAAAAACAAGUCGCGUUCCUCCUCAAAAUUUAGUAUAUGGGAAAAAAAUUAAAACUCCUAGGGAAAGAAACUCGAAUACUUCUUUUAGCCGGUCGGAAGAUAAUUAUCCUACAACUUCUUCUUCUGUUAAAACAAAAUAUAGUAGACAAAAACCCACAAGCACUGGGACACAUCGAAAUAAUAAUAUUCAGAAUAUAAAACAAUUAAGUUAUCCAGAGUCCCGCAUGUGUCAGCGCAAGACCUUUUGGGAUAGUUCUGCUUCUUCAUCUCGCCAUUCACCUCCAUCCCAAUCUAAUGCAUCUGUAGAAAGUAGGGGUAGACCUAAGACCCCAGGAAAUCCAUCUUACACUAGACUUACAGGUCUGAAAAAUGACUCAAAUGAUUCUCCCUGUCACUCUAAAUCGAUUAGAUGUGCUUUGAAUAGCCGGCAUCUUGAAGACAGCCAACAAUUACUAUUCGAACAUAAGAAUAAACAAUUAAGAAAAAAUCAGUCUUAUAGCCCAAAUGGGUAUAGAAGUGACCGGAAUAACCAAGAUAGUCUCCAAAGUUUACGUAGUACUGGCGUUGCCCAAUCAAGUACCCCCGGCUUAACUUGGACUGAGCCAGAUCGAACUCCGAAUGUAGUAAUUCCCUUGGAUGCACCUAGUGUAAACAAAUCCAUUGAUCGCUCAAAUGGUACGGUGAGAUCGACUGAUGUGGAAACUCUGCAAACGGUGACUCUAAUGCAACCACGAAAACUUCGAGAAUCUCAAAGUGCGAGGAUCAGAAGCCAGGUUACGGGCUUUGAAAACACCGUUCUUAUCGAGACAAGAACGCCCUGCAACAGGGAAAAUUUAUUGCAAGCCUGCGGACGACCUCCUUGCAACUUCCGUCCUCAGCAAUAUACGGGGGUUCCUCCGAAUCUGCACCAAGGAUUUAUAGUUUCAAAGCCAACAGAGCAUUCUAUACAACCACAAACAUCUAUGAGUGCCCCACAAUAUAGGACUACUUUUGAUGAAAAUUAUCUAAUAGAUCCACGGGAUCAGUGGAGUAUUAUUAAAUCUCCAGCCUCAGCCCCCGUGAUGAAUUCUCCAUUUCAGCAGCAUCACCAUCCAAGGAACCCCUAUCAGCCAACUAAUAGUAUAUACCAUCAUUUUCAGGAGCCUGUACAUAAUCCUGCUGUAAGUUCCAAUGGGCUUCAAAAUUCUGGCUACUAUUCCCAAACUUUGAAAGAAAACAUACGAAUCCUUCCGGAGGGAUUCUAUGAUCAGACCGUUAAUAAAUAUAAUAUAACGCGAAUGGAUUCAAACUUUCAGCCGCCGCCUUUGAUACCCGAAUUUCUUCAGGCACAACAGCAGCCUUUUUUCAGACACACAGCUUGCCCAUAUAGCAAUCAAUUUCAACAGCAGCUGGUUAUGGGAUCCGCUCCAGACAUCAAUCGUCCCUUUAUUCCGGCGCAGAACCAAUACCCAUCUGAGCUUCAAAGUCACCCUUCGUUGUUCCGCCCGCACCAAAGUGUAAAACUGGAUGACUACGACCAAUCGGAAUACCAAAUUUGAUUACUAAAUUAAAAUAAACGAAUAGUUUUUCCAAUCAA